AUGAGAGAAAUAUCACCAGAUUUUCUAUUAAGUGAUGUUGAAACUGCAAGUCCAACUACAUUUGUUUUAUCAGAUGAUGAAACUAUGGAUCAAAAUCAACAGAAUAACUCUUUCAUUGUAUCAUUACUCAAUAACAAUCAUACAUCAACUGCACUUUAUUCUACAGAAUCAUCGAUGAUUUUACAUUCUCCUGGAGAAAUGCGAUCAACACAAGAUUAUGAAGAAACACAACAGUUAAUUAGGGAUAUUUCAAUUGAAGCUGACUUACAUUCAAAGCAACUGGCACAAUUUCACAAUAUGUCCAAUGAAGAUAGAAUGGCAAAUGGGAUCAAUAAAGAAUCUGAUAUGGCUUCGACAUCUACAUAUGCUUUAACACAACGAUUUUCCUAUGAAUCUGUAUCAACACCUCUGGAAAUUGAUCAGGACGUGUGGAAACAAUUGCUUCACAUGCAUCUAAAGGCGACUGACCAACAGAAAUUAAGAAAAAAUUUAGUAAUUGUCACGAAACUUGGCCUCUUUGUUCAGACAGUUAUUAAAACAGUUUUAAUUGCAAUGAGAACUAAGGAUGAUACACAAAUGAUCAUUAAAAAGUGUGAUAAAGACACCAUUGACUUGGAAAUACCAACUAAACUCGGAAUAGUAAGGGUAUUACCAGUGCGAGAGCUCUUGGAUUAUUAA